AUGGUGGCAAGUCAGCAGGAAGCUCUGGGACACAGCCCAGCAACUGAGGCCCCUGGAACCUGGUUCAACAUGCUGGUGGCACAGCAAGACUGUGGCACCAGCAGAGGGGGCAGGGUGCCAGCUGGAGCACCAAUCACAGGACAGACACACCUGGACAUGCCCAUUCCAGUUCCUAGAGCAAGCACAGGGAGCAAGCCCAGGAGCCUGCAGAAUCUGUCCAUCCCUGGAAAAAUGCUCAGGCCUCAUUUACUGCAGGGCACAGUGGGGCUGACCACUUGUGAUCAACAUGGAGAAAAAGAGAAGCUCUUCUGUGAGGAAGACCAGAGAACCCUCUGUGAGUCUUGUUCAUUAGCCCCAGAGCACAAGCAUCAUCAUGUUCUUCCCAUGGACAAUGCUGCUGAAAAGUACAAGGACAAGCUCCAGGAGACACAGAAUAUCUCACAGAGAAAAGAAGAGAAAUUUAAAAUUGCAUUGAACAAAGGGGAAAGGAUGGAGGAAUAUUGUAAGGAGGAUGUAAAUGCUCUUAAACAAUCAGUUAUAUCUGAAUAUGAAAACAUAUACCAGUUCUUACGGAAUGAAUUAAAUCAACACCUGCUGAGAGUGGAACAGGAAUUCAGAAAAAACAGGGCAAAACAUAAAUCGAAGAAGGGCAAAUUUUCACAAAAAAUCCGGAAUCUCCAAAGGAUGAUAUUAGAAGUAGAGGAGAAUUUGGACCAGGCACCCUCAAAAAUGCUCCAGAUCAUGAAAAUCCCAUUGGAAAGGAAUGAGGAGCAGCUACUUCAAGAACUGAAGCUUGAUUCCUCUAUCUGGAGCACCUGUGCCAACACUGGCUUGAGAAAAAUGCUCAUGACCUUCCAGAGAGAUAUAACUCUGGAUCCUGAAACAGCCCAUCCUCAUCUCAUCUUGUCUGAUGAUUUGAAGCAUAUCAAGUGUGGAAGUGUCCCACAACACCUGGCUGACAAUGAAGAAAGAUCUGACGAUGCUUUCUGUGUACUAGGGGCCCAGACAUUUACCUCAGGCAAACACUAUUGGGAAGUAGAGUUGGGAGCUAAUACAGAGUGGAAAGUGGGUGUCUGUGAAGAAUCAGCCAGUCAGAAUACAAACCUCUCCAUAUUGCCUGAGGAUGUAACUGCCCUAGGAAGCUACAGAUCUAUAAAUGAUUUCUUUAUCUUGAAAUUACAAAAUGGCUAUUUUGUGAGUGAGCCCAUAGAUAAGAUGGGCAUUUUUCUUGAUUAUGAAAAUGGACAUAUAGCAUUUUACAAUGUCACAGAAGAAACCCUUAUCUACAGUCCCCUAGAUCUCAUCUUUCAAGGGACUCUUCGCCCUUACUUUGCUCUUUCCCUUCAUAAUGAGGAAGGAAUUCCUGCAUCACUCAGUAUAUGUCCCAGGAGUAAUAAGUGA